AUGAUUGCGCUGGCUGCUGCGGGUAUGCUUGGGACCGUUGCGGCGCAGGCGUUCAAUUCACGAUGGUUUAAUCCAGUGUUACCUGGGUUCCAUCCAGAUCCGAGUUGCAUCUUCCACAAGCCAGAUCAGACAUUCUACUGCGCGUCGAGUAGCUUUAAUGUGUUUCCUGGGAUUCCGAUCCAUGCGAGUAAGGAUCUGACAAAUUGGAGACUCGUUGGACAUGCUCUCAACCGCGAAAGCCAACUCCCCGAGCUAGCAGAAUCGGUUGGUUCGACGAGCGGGAUCUGGGCGCCUGCACUUCGGUUCAAUAAUGGGACAUUUUACCUGUUGACUACGAUGGUGCAGGACAAAAAGGCCGAUGACGAUUCGUCGAGGUGGGAUAAUGUCAUCUUCUCAACGACAGACAUCUGGGACGAGAGCAAGUGGACGGAGGCCGUGCAUCUUGACUUCAAUGGCUAUGACAUCAGUCCGCAUUGGGAUGACGAGGGAAACUCGUAUAUUGUAGGUAGUCAUGCUUGGAAGGUAGCCUACGGCAUACAUCUCAACAGAGUGGACUUCAAGACUGGAGAGUUACUUGGAGAAUGGACAAACCUGUGGAAUGGCACUGGUGGCAUUGCUCCAGAAGGCCCUCACAUCUUCAGAAAAGAUGGAUGGUAUUAUUUGAUGAUCGCUGAAGGCGGAACAGGUUUGAUGCAUAUGGAGACUAUUGCGCGAUCCAAAAACCUCUAUGGUCCCUACGAGCCGAAUCCGGCAAACCCAAUCUUGACCAACGCGAACACUACUGAGUACUUCCAAGCUGUAGGUCACGCAGACCUAUUCCAAGAUGCACGUGGUCAAUGGUGGGGAGUCGCACUUGCGGUGCGCUCCGGUCCUGAAUGGAAGACAUUUCCCAUGGGCCGAGAAACGGUCCUAUACAACGUCACAUGGGUGAACGGGUCAUGGCCUGAGUUACAACACCCUGUCCGGGGCGAGAUGCGAGGAUGGUCGCUACCAGGCAUCAUCAACACCCCCGGUGAUGGGCCCUUUGUAGACGAAGGCGACAACAUCAUAUUCAAACCCAACACCACUAUCCCACCCCACUUUGUCCACUGGCGUCCCCCAAUCAAAGACAACUACGCCAUCUCCCCACCCGAGCACCCAAACUCCCUCCGCCUCAAGCCUUCCCACCUCAAUCUCACCGGCCUCGACGGCAACUCCCCCGGCCCCGGCGGCCAAACCUUCAUAGCCAGACGCCAAGUCGACACCCUCUUCAACUUCUCCUUCGACUUGACAUACCACCCGACCACCCCAAACGAAGAAUCAGGCAUCACCCUCUUCCUCACACAAAACCACCACGCCCGCUUCGGCAUCGCCCUACUCCCCCUCGCAAACUCAUCCUCCACAACCCCCACACUCGUUCCGCACUUCCACUUCCACGCCCAAUCUUACAUCCCCGUCCCCGCCGACACCAUCGUCCCUGUACCCGCGCCCUGGCACAACAAGACGCUCACACUUGCGCUGCGAGCAUUGAAUAUAACGCAUUAUGCCUUUGGCGUUGGACUGGCCGAUGACUCUACGCCAGUGCAGGAUAUGGCGUUUGUAGGCGGUGAUCUUAUCAGUUGGGGGUUUACAGGGGCGCUGCUGGGUGCUUAUGCGACGACGAAUGGUGGGUAUGGGGGAACGCCGGCGUAUGUAUCGAAUUGGAGGUAUCAGGGGUGGGGCCAGGUUAGGGAGAAUUGGAAUGGUACGGCUAUGGGGGUGUGA